AUGCAUUUUCAUUCCAUAGCCGUUUUUAGCUUUCUUGCUGCGCAGGUUGCAGCCGUUCCUUUCUCAACUAGACAUGUUGUUCACGAACGUAGAGAAGCAGUCCCAGAAGCAUGGAUCAAGCGUGACCGGAUUGAUGGUGCUGCUAUUCUGCCCAUCCGUAUCGGAAUGACACAGAGCAAUCUUGACAAGGGACAUGAUCUCCUAAUGGAAGUUUCUACACCAGGAUCGGCGAAAUAUGGCAAGCACUACACAGCCGAGGAAGUCACCGAGAUCUUUGCGCCAUCACAAGCAACCGUUGACGCGGUUCGAGAGUGGCUUGUUUCAGCAGGCUUUGCCGCCGAGCAGAUAUCACAAUCUGUUAAUAAACAGUGGAUGCAAUUGGACAUUCCAGCUUCCGAUCUCGAGUCUCUUAUACAAACCGAGUAUCACGUCUACGAGCAUUCUCCAACGGGCAAAACCACCGUUGCGUGUGAGCAGUACCACGUUCCUGGUCACUUACAGGAGCACAUCGACUAUAUCACUCCUGGAAUUAAGUUAUUCACUCAUAAGAGACGACCAAAUCCAAACUUUGAUAUCGAGAAACGUACAUUUGGUGUUACCAGUGGAGAUGGCAAUGGCGACUUACUUCCUCCACUGCUCAAAAGUCUGGGAAUGACUCUGGAUGCAUUGCUGGCUAUUCCCGAGCUUCAGGUUUGUGAUAUCGCUGUUACACCAGCCUGUAUCAAGGCCUUAUACAACGUCACUUCUGGAACCACAGCUGCCUCUGGAAAUCAGCUCGGCAUAUUCGAAGACCUUGGAGAUGUUUAUAGUCAGACGGAUUUGAACGAAUUCUUCUUGACCUUCGCUAGCAACAUUCCCCAGGGUACUGGCCCAAAGCUAGAGGCUAUCGACGGAGCCGUCGCCCCUGUCAGCGUAUUAGAAGCUGGACCAGAAUCAGACCUCGACUUCCAGAUUGCUUACCCUCUCAUAUACCCGCAGAACACCAUAUUGUUUCAGACAGACGACCCUGUCUAUGAGAACAACUAUACCUUCACUGGUUUCUUGAACACCCUCCUCGAUGCCCUGGAUGGAUCGUAUUGUAGCACUAUCAGUCCUCUUGAUCCUCCUUACCCUGAUCCGUCCACCGAGGCUGGUGCCUAUAAGGGUCAAUUACAAUGCGGACUUUACACUCCUACUAAUGUUAUCUCUAUCUCGUACGGAGGCUCAGAGGCAGAUCUCCCCGCAGCUUACCAGACCCGGCAAUGCAACGAAUUCAUGAAAUUAGGCAUGCAGGGUGUUUCAAUAGUAGUUGCUUCAGGCGACUCGGGAGUUGCAGGAGCAGCUGGUGAUGGUGGCAAUUCAGACGGAUGUCUGGGAACCGGACAGAUUUUUAAUCCUGACUUUCCAGCGACUUGCCCCUAUCUCACCACUGUCGGAGCGACCACCCUUCCACUGGGAGCCAAUGUCAAGACAGACUCUGAAGUCGCAGUCACUAGAUUUGGUAGCGGUGGGGGCUUCUCGAACAUCUAUCCCAUUCCAAGCUACCAAUCCGCAGCUGUCGCUGCCUAUUUCAAUAAUGACCCACCCCCAUACGCUUCCUAUUCUGGAAACAACAAUACCAACAUUGGAGCCAAUGGUGGAAUAUACAACAACGAUGGCAGAGGCUAUCCAGAUUUGAGCGCUGUCGGUGACAACAUCAUUAUCUUCAAUAUGGGAUUGCCUACUUUGAUUGGUGGCACUUCCGCCGCUGCUCCAUUAGUAGCUUCAUUGCUCACUCGCAUUAAUGAAGAAAGAAUCGCUGCCGGGAAAUCGACUGUUGGAUUUGUGAACCCAACUUUGUACGCAAAUCCACAAGUUCUUCACGAUAUCACACAAGGAGACAACCCUGGUUGUAACACGAAUGGAUUUUCUGCAUCUACUGGUUGGGAUCCAGUCACGGGUUUAGGAACACCAAAUUACCCUGCUAUGCUCGAGCUCUUCAUGAGCUUGUGA